AUGACUUCAGCAAAGGCAAUCAUCUUGGUCGGAGGUCCAAGCAGAGGAACCAGGUUCAGGCCGUUGUCUAUGACCGUUCCUAAGCCAUUGUUCCCUGUCGCUGGUCAUCCGAUUAUUUGGCAUCAUUUGCAGGCUCUCGCCCGUGUUCAAGACCUGAAGGAGGUUAUCUUGGUUGGAUUCUACGAGGAGAGUGUUUUCACCUCUUUCAUCAAGGAGGCCUCUGAGCAGUUCCCCUCCAUGACCAUCAAGUACCUUCGCGAAUACCAAGCCCUCGGCACCGCAGGCGGCCUCUACCUCUUCCGCGACGCAAUCCUCAAAAACUCCCCCUCCCAAAUCUUCGUCCUUCACGCCGACGUCUGCUGCUCCUUCCCCCUCACCGAAAUGCAAAACCUCCACACCGAACGCGGUGCCCAAGCCACUAUGCUCGGCACCAAAGUCACCACCGAGGCCGCGACCAAUUUUGGGUGUAUCGUGUCUGACCCCGCGACUGGGGAGGUGUUGCACUAUGUCGAGAAGCCAGAGAGUUACAUCUCGAAUAUGAUUAACUGUGGUGUCUAUCUUUUUGACGCCUCGAUUUUCGGGGAGAUCAAGGCUGCGAUGAAGGCGAAGGCGGACGGAGAGAAGAACACCCUCGUUCUCGACCCUCUUGACCAGAAUGAUGAGAGAUUGAGGUUGGAACAGGACAUUCUCGCCCCACUCGCGCAGAAACACAGGGUGUUCGUAUACGAAACCAAGGGCUUUUGGAGACAAAUCAAGACCGCCGGAUCCGCCGUCCCCGCAAACGCGCUUUACCUGCAGAAAGCCCAUCAGUCCCCCGCUGACUCCGCCUCCGUCAAGCUCGCCGAUAAGUUGGAGGGCGUUGAGAUCGUGCAUCCCGUGUACAUCCACCCCUCCGCUUCCGUCGCGCCUGGAGCUAAGCUUGGUCCUAAUGUUUCCAUUGGCGCAAAAGCCAAGAUCGGAGCCGGUGCGCGGGUGAAGGACUCCAUCAUCCUCCCCUCCGCUGAAGUCGGACACGACUCUUCUGUCUUGCACUCCAUCAUCGCAUGGGACUCCCGCGUCGGUAACUGGGCCCGUGUCGAAGGUACCCCGACUCUCCCUGGAUCUCAUGUCAUGACUGUCCUCAGGGGUGGAGUUAAGGUUCAGAGCAUUACUAUUUUGGCACAGGAUGUCAUUGUUGCGGAUGAGGUUAUGGUACAGAACUGUGUUGUGCUGCCGCAUAAGGAGUUGAAGAAGGAUGUUGUGAAUGAGGUUAUUAUGUAA